UGUCGCUGCGCAUGCGGGCCGGUCCGGUUCGGAGAGUGCGGCGGGAUGGCACUGCCGGGUGGAAAUAAGGAUAAUAUCAGAGCUGGAUGCAAAAAGUGUGGCUACCCUGGUCAUCUGACAUUUGAAUGUCGAAACUUCCUCCGAGUAGAUCCUCAGAGAGAUAUUGUUUUAGAUGUUAGCAGCACUAGCAGUGAAGACAGCGAGGAAGAGGAACUACAGAGAUUACAAGCCAUGCGUGAAAAAAAGAAUUUAAAUGAAGAGGAAGAAAAAAAGAAACAAAAAAGAAAAAGCAAAGAGAAAACAAAAUUAAAAAGACCAAGGAAAAGAUCUUCCUCAUCAAGUUCAGCAGAAGAGGAUGAGCCAAAGUCAAAAAAACAAAAAUCACACAAAAAAGAAAAGGGGAAAAAGCAUAAAUCUAAGAAAGGAAAGCAUCAUAAAAAGGAGAAAAAGAAGAGACGAAAGGAAAAAAGUUCAUCUUCUAACAGUUCAGACAGUUCAAGUAGUGACUGACGUGCUGGUCUGUUUUUGCUUUCACUUCUGCAGAGAAGAUGAUUUUCCUUUCAGAGCAAGUUUAUUUAUGCUUUGCAAUGCUGUUGUAAAAUGGGAUAGAUAUAUAUAUAUUUUUGACAAAUCUAUUUGCAUACAUCAGUGCUUCAAAUUAUUAGAUGGACCAUUUAUGAAAAGAAUCUGCUUUUCUAUUUCAGAUUUAUUAGUACUAAUGCAAGUGGUUCUUGACUCUUAUUUUUAGUUCAGUUGUGAUUGUGUUUGUAACCUUUACAGUGAGAUGUGGUAAAUUUCAGUUUGCAAGCCUUUGUGUAGAACGAUAAGGACUUAAAUAUGCUUAAUGUCAGAAUGGUUACUUCAGAUUUGGAAAUUCAAGUGAGAUUUUCUAUUACCUUUUAAAUAAAUGUAUGUUUUACAUAAUAUUUUUUGCUUAAAUACAUUAAUCAGUAAGUGCAAAUAUGAAUCAGUGUUCAGGUCCUGAGAGGGGAAGAAUGAGCAAUGGGAAGCUAAAAAUGAUUGAUACUUCAAAAUUAUAUUCUAAAAUCGAUCUGGUCAUAGACUGUGUGAAGCAUAACUACAUAUUCCUUUGGCAGGAUCACUAUAAGCAAGCUGAAAAUAAACAGAAGCAAACAAAAGCUACCGAUUUUUAAAGUUCUUUUUCCUUGGGUUUUGUUCUUUGUCAUUUCAUCUUUGACAUAGAUGUAAAAGUUUGGAUAUCGAAACAAAACUUCUAGUAUUGAACUUUAGCUAUUUCUUCAUUCCUGUCAAUUGUUACUAGCUUCAGUUUGCAUCUGAAUCAAUCAAUCAAUCACACUUUUGAAGGCUAACCCUGGCAUAACUCUACAGCAGUGAUUGCCCUGCUACUCCACAGGCUCCAAAGCUCUUGCAAUACAAAGGUGAUGCCAGUACAAACGAGUGCCAUUCCCUGUCAGCUUCUCUCUGUUACAGAAUGAAAUUACCAUUUCCAGAAAGAAAGACAAGAACAAAGCAUAUGAAUAGUAUAUGGGGUGAGCAUGACAAGUGCAUAGCGUAAUGAAGAGUUAACAAUCUUCAUAUACUUUACAGUAAACUCUGAAAUGCAAAUCAGUCUCUGUCAAUUGGCACCAGGAAACAAAAGCAGAUACUUGGUGUUUCCUUCAAUCAUCUUUCCCAGGUAGUGGAAGAAAAAUGUGCACAUUGGCAGUUGAGCUGUUAAGAUGGGAAACAAACUGCUAUAAAAUGCCCCAAAUCCUGGAAUCACUGAAUUGAAACUGAAUAAAGCUGUUGUUUCACAAAUAGCCAAAGAAAAUACACAGUCACAGCACAAAAAUUACAGCUUAAGUGUUCUCUGCAACUUGAGAGACACCAAGUAAAACCCUUCAGUCUCUUUCACAGUUUAGAGUAUAUACAUUUUUGAAAUGUACCUAGAG